AUGGGAAAACUAAUCAAGAACCAUCUGGCGCGGCUAAUCGUCCUCACCGCUGCCGUCUUCCAAUUUGCCGCCGGCGUCCACGGCUUCUUCUGGCCCAAGGUGUUCUGGGACUUUAUCACGAAAAACCUCGACGGCGCCGUCAAGCCCAUCCCCAUCCUGCAGGUCUUCAACGUCAUCUUCGGCCUGCUCGGCAUCGCCCUCGAAUGGCCUUUCAAGCCUCUCGCCGGCUCCAUGAUCCACCGCAGCAUCGAGGUUCGACUGCUCCUGCUGCCCGUCAGCACUCUGCUUGCUGGCCUGCUCUACCAGGGCACGAACCCCGCCAUCUACUACAUUGUGGGGAUGGUCGUGUACUUUUGGGCGUACAGCGAAGGCGAGGUCGUUUGCCCCGAACCGUGGACCUUGCCCCAGAAACCAGGCCGAAUAACGAAAGUCUAA